AUGCCGAAAGGAAUAAAAGAAAGAAAAGAAAAACCCCCGGCAAUGUUAAGCUGUCUCGCUCGCAUAAAGUCUAUCAUGGCAUAUACCAAGGACUCCAUGUUGCCUGCAUAUCACUUGUACGCCGACUUCUGCCAAGAGACCACAUUACAUGGGAUGAAGCAUUCUGUACAGCCCAGGGUCCAUUGCUGUGAAAGUUGGUGGAGCGCUUUCCCCGCCAUCACCGCCUGCUUCAUACAACGAAUCGAUCCAGAGAAAGCAAGAGUGAUCAUCGAAACUUAUUGGAACGUCAGCGAAGAGUCUGACCCUGAUAAGUAUGAUUACUAUCAAGGGUUCCUGGAGCUGAUUGCCGAUGUCUCUUUUCGGACGAACUUGCAAAAUUUUUGGAAAUACCAGAACGAUAAUACCGUGAAGGAUAUGGACUUGAUGGAGCUGGCUAGUAAAAUACAUCCUAGCAAUAUACUGAAAGUUAUGGUUUCUAGGUCUACUGGUGAGAAGCUGCACUGGACACCGGUGAUGACCGAAGUGGGAAUGUGUGUAUCAUUCAACUCAUUGUACGCGAAAUUCCAGCACAUUCAGAAGGAUGACGUGCGGGAGAAACAGUCUCUCCAACAGUUCCACUAUCUCACGGGUCAGUGCUAUAUCAGAGUACACUCGCUGAGAAAAUCCGUCAGGUACUUCAUCCAUUCUCCCUACGAGAUACCAACUGCUAUCUCCAAUCCUACGGGGGAGGUGACGCCGGGCGAGGAACUUGUUAUAGACUACAAGGAGGUGGAGAUCCAGGCUUCGGAGGAGUUGCGACAGCUGAGACCAGACCAGCGUCGCUGCCGCUAUUCGGACGAGUGGAUCAGCGAUUCCAUCAGGGUAAUAUUGAUUGAAUCAGUGGCAUAG